AUUUUGACAAAUAAAAGUCAAGAAAACGAUAUUUAUUUUGCUAUAAAAUUGUAAGAAAUGUUUAUUUUUUACAUAUAAAAACAUUAUUAAAGUAAAAAAAAAUUAUUAAAAUAUUUUCAUGUUUCCAAGCGGCAUUCGCUACACUGUAUUGUCUUGUGGUUUUCACACGCAGGAACGUUGCAGUUCGCAUAAACGCAGCCGUAGUACUUUUAUUUCUAUAACGAGUGCUCGUCAAACAAAAUGUGAACACGAAGAAACAGUGUUUCAUAUGGUGGUAUCCGAACAAAAUGUAAACGCAAACGUAAGAAUAUAAACGCCUCCUCUCCCUUCGAUUUUACAUCUGCUCGGAAGCUAAUGGCGUUUUAAUGCUAGCUAGUGUCCUCCAUUCCUAAGAUCCUAAAUUGAAUUAUAUGUCAAUGUCCCGAGUCGACCUCUUCAUCUACUAAAUUAGAAAAUAAAUUCAAAUUCGCGCUGAGCUACAAAACUAUUUCGGUAUGACGUUCUUCUAGAUUCUAGAGUUAAUUAUACAAGAAAAAGUCACUCAAAUUCAAAAUAUUAAAUUUCAGAAAGAGUACUAAAAAGAAAUAAUAAAAAAUAUAAAAAACUAAAUAGCACCAAAAAAUGCUAAACAUGAUUACACACAUUAUGCUAAUUUAACACAAUAUAUACUAUUUUUAUUGUCACUAAUUUUUUAAUAAAAACUUGCAAAUCACACAAAAAUGUAAACAAAUGUACAAAUAGAUGUAUAUAUCACAUUUACUGCUAAUCAAUUAACAACAUUUUGUAUAUUAAAAAUUUAUUUUUAAAUAAUUUAAUCAAAAAAAGAGAAAUAAAAUUUAAAUUUAAGAGUAAAAUUGCGUAAAUUGCAAAAAUUAUGUAAAUUCUAAUAAAAUUUCAUAUAAAUUUUUUUCAGGUUAAAAAAGAAAUUCCUUAAAAAUGCUAGGUUUUCUCCAGCAAUACGUAUUCCGUAAUAAAUACUUCUUAUCUCAGUAUGUGUUGUAUCUCAGAUACAACAUCUCAGUAAAACUUUAUUACUAACCUACAUUAGUAUAUUAUUAUUACUAAUCUAUUAAACAGAAAUCUAUAAAAACCAGAAAAUAGUAAAAAAACACAUAAACUUAAUAAAAUUAAAUACAUAAAUUAUUUAUUAAAUUUCUUAAAAAUAAAUGUUAUUGGUAUUUAAAUUUAAAUAGUUGUUAGAAUAGGCAAAGAAAGUUUACGAUUGUAAGCGAAAAAUAGAAAUGUAAUGUUCUGUUAUAUACUAAUUGUAAAUUAAAUUGUACAUAUUGUUUUUUAUUAAAUAUGUUUAUUGUGUUUAUGAUAUUUGUUCUUUUAUUAUCGUAUGACAAUUAAGUUUGUUAUGGGUUGGAUCUGAUUCGGCAAUAUAAGUUGCACAUUGUUAUUAAAAACGUGUAAAUGUUUUCACACAAAAAACGUAACAGUUCGUAAAAAGAAGCUCUCGGUCCAAAUACAUUACUCGUGCCUGUUAAGUAUUACGUGGACAAGACGAGAAAGUACAUUUCUCUGGUGGAUCUCGAAAGGGAGAGUCGGUCGUGGUUCGUUUUAAAGUGGCAGAGAAAUGCCGUAAGAGUCAAUAUUCUGACAUCAACACAGCGUGCAAGAAGAAGGACGACGCAAAUUGAUACGCAAAAAUCGAUCGUUCAAGAGACUCGCGUAAUAUCGCAAACGAAACUUUUAUACAGUAUGAGGAUACUGUGGCCAUUCAUCAUUAUCAUAGCAAUUGGUAGCACUCAUUUCCUACAUGUCGUCAAGAGUUACGUUCAUUCGCCUGGAAAAGAAUAUACAAACGACACCAGGUAUGAUUUUAUCAUCGUAGGAGCUGGAUCAGCAGGUUCCGUGUUAGCCAAUCGUUUAUCAGAGAACAAGAAAUGGCGAAUUCUAUUAUUGGAAGGAGGAUACCGGGCAAAUUUAUUGAAUAGAAUUCCGAUGUUGGUUAGUUAUUUUCCAUUAACUGAUUUCAAUUGGGGUUACAAUGUGGAACCUCAGAAAAACGCCUGUCUCGGAAUGAUAAACCACCAGUGUGCCUGGCCACGUGGUAGAGCCUUAGGCGGCACAAGUAUCUUGAACUACAUGAUCCAUACGCGUGGGAACAAGUAUGAUUACGACAAAUGGGCUAGUUUGGGCAACGUAGGCUGGUCUUACGCGGAUGUUCUGCCAUAUUUUAAAAAAAGCGAAAGAUUUAAUGUUCCAGGCAUCAAGGAUUUUAUAUAUCACAAUGAGGACGGUUAUUUAUGCGUGGAACAUGUGCCAUAUCAUACGAAGUUGGCGACCACAUUCCUGAAUGCCGGAAAAGAAUUAGGGUAUAAAAUCGUCGACUACAAUGGCCAAGAUCAGAUAGGUUUUUCAUAUCUUCAAGUAAAUAUGGAUCAUGGAACGCGUUGCAGCGCCGCCAAAGCCUAUCUUGACCCGAUUAAUCGACCAAAUUUGAACAUUAUUACCGGUGCUAGAGUAACCAAAGUACUAAUUAACGGGAACAAGCGUGCUUACGGUGUCGAAUAUGUUAAAGAUAACGUAUGGAAGAAAGUAAUCUGUUCCAAGGAAGUUUUAUUAUCAGCCGGUACGAUCGACUCGGCAAAAUUGUUAAUGCUAUCAGGAAUUGGGCCAAAAAAGCAUCUCGAAGAAUUAAAAAUCCCGGUUAUUCAAGAUGCAAAAGUCGGUUACAACAUGUACGAACACAUUGGUUUCCUAGGACUGACUUUCAUGGUGAAUCAGAGCGUGUCACUACUACCAAACAAGAUCUUUAAUCCAAGUGUGUUUCUAGAAUACCUUCUACGUAAAAAUGGUCUAUUAUCAAUUCCAGGAGGUGCUGAGGCACUGGCAUUCAUUAAAACCAAGUAUGCUCCUGAUGAAAGACCAGACAUCGAGCUUCUUUUUGCAUCUGGUUCUUUACAUUCGGACAACGGUCAGGCCUUGAAAAGGGGUCUAAGAAUUUCCGAGGAUCUGUACAACGCUGUUUAUAAACCGAUCGAAAAUCAAGACGCCUGGUCGAUCUGGCCAAUCAUUCAAUAUCCCAAAAGCGUUGGCCGUUUGACGUUGCGAUCAAAGAAUCCGUUUGAGUCACCAAAAAUGGAUCCCAACUUCUUCAGUCACCCAGCUGAUUUAGAAAUUAUUCUGGAGGGACUAAAACAUGCUAUCAACAUAUCUAAAACUGAAGCUUUUCAGGUUUACGGCAGUCGAUUGCACGACCUUAAAAUACCAAGUUGUGGACAGUUUGAGUUUGCUUCUGAUGAUUAUUGGCGUUGUGCAAUCAAGCAUCUACCGUCUAUGAUGAAUCACGAAAUAGGGACAGUUAAAAUGGGACCUCAGACAGACACUUAUGCAGUAGUCGAUCCGCAGUUAAGAGUAUAUGGUAUCAAGGCACUCAGGGUAGUAGACGCUUCAAUCAUGCCUACGAUGCCUACUGGUCACGUAAACGCGGGAAUAUUUAUGAUCGGCGAGAAAGCGGCAGACAUGAUCAAAGAAACCUGGAAAGAUGAAUUAUAAAAUUUACUUGUACAAGGCUCGAGAAAUCGUAAAUGAAUAACUAGGAUUACUAUUAGGUUAGUUAAACAAAGUAACGUCAAUAUCGAAGCAAUGUUCUUGACAUUAAUAUUGAAAAUAAACAUACAAAUUUCUUUGCUCAAUGUUGCUUAAUUUGCGACAAAUUUAGAGAUUAAAAACGUAAAAUAAGGUAAAAAAAGAUAAUUUUUGUAAUAAUUAGACGAUCUCUUAGUAUUUAAAUUACGUGAUAAUUUUAAUAUAUCUGAACAAGAGCUGUUUGACAACUUCAAAGGUUCGAAGUUCCGAAGAAUCUCGAAAUAAUAAAUUUAUUCAACCAAAAUAAAUAAAAGAAAUUAAUAUAUGUAUAUGCUUAAAAAAUUAUUAAAUUAUAAUUUCAAAGUGUGUUAUAAAAUAGAUUCUCGGAACAAUUAAUCAAACUCAAUACAUGCACAUGCAAAUAAAGAUUUUAUAUAUACAUAUAUAUAUAUACACCAAUUAAAAUUAAAAAACAAAAAUAAAUUUAUUCUCAAAUGUAUGAAUAAAUAACAAAUAAUAAAUUAAUAUAAAUAUUUAGAAAUGUGUGCUUUAUCAAAAAAGUAAAUUCACCAGAUAAAAAACGCAAAUCAUAAAUAAUAGUUUGUAAAAAAAAUCUUGUAAGUAUAUAAGUAAAAUAGAUAGAAAUAGAUAGAUGGCUAAUUAUUCAACAAUAUAAUUAACAAAAACAAAAAAUUUUAGUGUCUAUUUUAAAUCAUAACAAAAUCAACCUUUGGAAGCGGUGCAUAGUAAUAUUGCGAAGUAAAUUUGGUUACCAAGCUAAUUACCAAGCUAUGUCAAAUCUUCGAAACAAAUUACCCUGGAACUAAUGGCUAACACCAACCUAUAAAUUGUAUGGAUACAUUAAUUUUUGAAAUCAUCGUUAAAAAAAACACGAAAGUAGAUCUUGAUGCAAUUGUAUAUGCUCAUAAAAAAGUUUUGCUCAUUGUGACAUACUGCACUUAUUGUGACAUACUGUCAACAAGAUUGUUAAUAUACAAUUAUAGAUAUUAUAUAUAAUAAGAUUUUCUUGUAAUAAGUAAAGUACAAACAUGCUGCGUUGUACCAAACUUGCUCCUAGAUAAAUAAGUACAUACAAGUUAGUUAUGUGACAAAUUUCAUCUCAAUAAAAAUGUAAUAGAAAUAAAAAAAAAAACAAUUCACACUCAUUCUUAUAAAGAUUAUAUUUUAAAAAAUUAUUUUGUGAUAAUCAAAUAGCAAAAUGCUGUUACAGAAAAACAAAUGUAAACUAUUUUAAAUAUAGGUAGCUCACUUCAAAAUACAUAGAAAUAUUAAAUAUAAAGGAUUGUACUUGAAACGCAUUUCUAAAGAUACACACUUUUUUGUCAUUUUAUCCUUGUAUUGUCUAUAAACGAUAAAGAUAGAAUGAUUAAAAAACGCGCUAAUACAUAUGCGUGUCCUGAAUAUUUCGAAUCAUAUUUCCUAUUUAAUGUAAAAAAUGUCAUGAAAAUGUUGAUGUACAGUAAAAUAUUACAUUACUAAAAUAAGUUUUUCUAUAAUGCGAUUUCUAUCAAACUGGUCAUAUUGCAAAAA